AUGCCAUCAUACGCUAUUGUAGGAGCCUCCAGAGGACUUGGUCUUGCGUGGCUCGACUUCCUCAGCAAAGACUCCAACAACACUGUUAUAGGUCUGGUUCGAGACGUAGAAAAAACCAAACAAAGCCUCGUCGAAGAGAAAAUCAGCAAUGUCCACAUUUUCCGCGGCGAUUUGGCCGACCGAACGACCCUCAAGACAGCCGCCGCCUCUGCAUCAGAGGUCCUCCCCAAUGGCCUCGACGUGAUCAUCAUCAACGGAGUCUAUGUCACCCCUGAGACCAAUAGAAUGACUAUUUCUGAUCUGGCCGCUCAACCCGACUUGCUGUACAAAGACAUGCACACAAGUUUGGAUGUCAACGUCCUUGGCUCCAUCUACGCCGUCAACGCCUUCCUCCCACUCAUCCUUAAGGGCACUCAAAAGAAAAUUAUUUUCAUCUCUUCUGGCCAUGCGGAUAUCGAGCUCCCUGUCGCUGCCGAAAAUGACGACAUGAUCACGUAUGCUACCAUCAAAGGUGCAGUCAAUAUGAUAGCAGCCAAGUAUGCAGCAGAACUCAAACCAAAGGACGUGAAGGUAAUUUCUUUGAGUCCUGGACUCGUAGCCACCUCACAAAACCAAGAUCCAACUGAGGAGGAGGAUAUUAAAUACUUUACCAAGAUUCUCGGGGGCUUCAAGAAAGUCUCCCCGUACUGGAACGGGAUUCCGCUUACUCCUGCUGAGAGCGUGGGGCAUCAGUUCAACGUCAUUGAGAAUCUUACCAUGGCCGACACGGGUAAGUUUCUGAGUCACUGGGGAAAUAAGACUUGGUUGUGA